AUGGAUAUUUUCGAUUUACCCUACUAUAGACUAAUGAAGUACUCUGCGAAAAUAAUAGGUCUAUGGCCUUAUCAGUCGCGUAGAACACGGAUAUUUAUUAUAUUUAUGGUUUGGGUUUUUGUCUUCGCGCAAUUGAUUCCGCAAAUUAUAGCUAUUGUGGUAUAUAUCGAUGAUACAAAUGUUCAAUUCGAAGCAUGUUCAAAUCUGGCAGUAUAUCUCGGGGCCGCAAUAAAAUAUAUCAACGCAAUGUCUAAAUCAGCUAGGAUGAAAAAUCUACACGAUAGAAUAAAAGCUGAUUGGGGAAUGGUUCGUAACGAUGAAGAAAAAAAUACACAAGCGAAGCACGCCAACCUUGGUUCUAUAAUUUCAUCUGUAUGGGCAGGAGUCGCAUAUAUAUCAGCAACAGUAUUUGUAUUUGACCCGAUUAUCCCAAAAAUUUUGAAAAUAUUCAUAAGCAUAAAUGAAACUGAUCCAUAUAAAUUCGCUCUUCCACUGGAGUACAUUGUUAUUGACAAAGAGAAGCAUUACCCGAUAAUGUUGUUCUUUACAUCAUUAUUUGUUUAUAAUAUAAUAAUAAUUCUUAUUUCAAAUGACAUCUUGUACAUUAACUUUGUGCAACACGCUUGUGGACUAUUUGCAGUUACAGGAUGUCGACUAGAGAAUACACCAAUGGAUGAAAAUGAUGGGGAAAUCCAUAAAAGAGGCGAUUAUUUAUCAAACGUGAAAGAUGUUCCUUACAAACAUUUGGUAUCUUGUAUAAAAAGCCACAGGCGAGCUUUAGAAUAUGCGGAGCUUCUCGAAGACACUUAUUGUUCAAGUUUUGGAAUGUUAGUAGGAAUCAAUGCGCCACUUAUAAGUAUCACCGGAUUCCAGAUUAUAACGAAAUCAAAUACAAUAGAGCAGUUGUUAAAGUACUUAACAUUCACACUCUCUCAGAUAUUUCAUCUCUUUUUUCUAUGUUAUAUGUCACAACGGUUAACAGACAUGAGCUUAGAAAUUCAAAAAAACAUAGCUAAUGUGAAAUGGUUCCAUAACUCAAUAAAGUCACGGAACUUGUUAAUAUUAAUGACCAUGAGAAGUCAUGUGCCCUGCAAAUUGACUGCUGCUAAAAUCAUGGAUUUGACUAUUGAAAAUUUCGCAAUGAUGGUAAAAACAUCUGGAUCAUACUUCACAAUGCUUUUGUCAAUGCAAUAG